AGAGCUUUGAUGGAGAGCAAGCUACUUAGUGGAACUACUCUCAUUGUAGACCGCUACUCCUAUUCGGGAGUGGCCUUUUCAGCUGCUAAGGGCCUUGACAUUGAGUGGUGCAAGGCUCCAGAAAAUGGACUUAUUGCUCCAGACCUUGUAAUAUAUCUUGAUGUACAGCCAGAGAAAGCGGCUGAAAGAGGAGGCUAUGGGGGUGAGCGAUAUGAAAAGAUAGAGUUCCAAAAGAAAGUUGCAGAGCAUUACCAUUCACUCUGUGAUUCGACAUGGAAGGU